AUGAUCAUCGUCACCGUUAAUGAUCGCUUGGGCACCAAAGCGCAAAUCCCCUGCUUGGCCAGCGAUAGCGUCAAAGCCUUCAAGGCCAUGGUCGCUGCGCAUAUUGGGAGAGCACCGCAUGAGAUUAUGCUCAAGAGGCAGGGCGAGCGGCCGUUUAAGGAUGUGUUGAGUUUGGAGGAUUAUGGAGUUAGUCAUGGGGUGCAGUUGGAUUUGGAGCUUGAUACGGGUGAUUGA